AUGGUUUAUCAUGCAAGCCAUUCUGAUUUGACAUAUCAAGAUUUCAAGAAUUUCAUUUAUACAGAUGAAAGCACAUUUAGAAUUUUUGGGGCCGUGGGCGGCCAGACGUACUACAAGCAUGUUGAUGCAUCUGCACCACAACAUCGAAUCAUUCGCACUCUUAAAUUCGGAGGCGGCGGUUUAAUGGUUUGGGGGUAUAUUUCAGGCACAGGUAAAAUCAAGGUCUAUCCUAUUGAAGGGAACAUGAACACAAUGAAAUAUAUUUCAUUAUUACGAGAUCAUGUUCUUGAUGACCUGAUUGCCUCUGGCAUUGACUUGAAAAAAAUGACCUUUGUGCAAGAUAAUGCAAGUUGUCAUAAGUCAGUAAAAACCAUUAAAUGGUUUAAAGACCAGAAUAUCAAGCUUGGGAUGCAUCCACCACAAUCCCCUGAUCUCAACCCCAUUGAAAACGUGUGGGCAUGGCUCAAAAGAAGAGUUAACCUGAGGCAACACGAAAUACAAAACAAGGCUGAUCUGUGGAGAGUGUUGUCUGAUGAAGUAUCAAGAGUGAAACCUACAGAAAUUCGACGCCAUUUCAUCUCAAUGCCUGGUCGCUUAAAGCGUCUAGAAAAAGCUAAUUUUGAUAUAAUUUGA